AUGGCAUUGUCACGCUCCACCCAACCGCUUAAAGCUCUUUAUAUAAUAUACUUUACCUUAAAACUUCCAUUUGUAUUAAUCUCACUUAUAUUAUAUUAUACUAUCCCUUCAUUACGACCUAUACGACAAUGGACCAUACGAACAAGUGUAGCCACUUACAUUAUACGCAUAUUCUUCAACCUCGUCUCUGUAAUCGGUCUUUCAAGCCUCCGACCCUUAACUCCAGAGAAGGCUAAAGAACGAUUUGCCUACGUCGAGCCUGGUGAGGACGAGCUUUACUCCGGCGUCUUAUCUUCAGCAGCUAUCAAGCCGGUGCCUCUAAAAGGUCUUUGGGAUGCGGGUCUAGGUGGUCCGGUAACCAUUGACAAGUCGAAAGUCCUCCUUCUUUUCCCUGGAGGUGCUUUUGUUUUUGCUUUUGAUCCUUAUGAGGGGUCCAAUAUCGUAUCGGACCUGGUAAGACGUGUUCCAGGGGCCAGGGUAUUCCUAGCUCAAUAUCGACUUGCCACCUCCCCCGCCGGCCGAUUUCCAGCCGCAAUCCAAGACGCCCUUACCUUUUACAAUUACAUACUAGACCUCGGCAUCGAUCCGAAAGACAUCAUCUUCCUAGGAGACUCGGCUGGAGGCAACGUUGCUGUGGGAUUAUUAAGAUACCUAGAAGAAAGUCAGAAGCUUCCACUACCAGGUGGUGUGCUGGCAUACUCACCGUGGAUUCACGUAACCGACGACUCUAAGGGCCAAUACGGAGAGUCUCCUAAGCUACGAACCGACUGUAUCAACUACCCCGUCCUCCAGACUGGAUACGAGAAGUACGUCCCCGAAGGUGGAAUGACACCCGAAGUAGCACCAUACUUUUCCCCUAUGACGCACCCAUUCAGGACGAGCGUGCCAGUAUAUAUCCAGUCUGGAGAAGCCGAAGUUUUCUACGACGAAAACAAGCAGUUCGCAGAGGCAAUGGAGGGGAUAGAAGGCAACAAGGUGAAAUUCCACACGAUAAAGCACGCACCACACGACCUCAUCCUAUCACAUAGGAUGGUCGGCUUAACAGCUGAGGCAACCGCCUCGGUCGAGGACGCUAUAGCCUUUGUUACCAAGGACGUGGAUUGA